AUGAAAAAAAAAACUCGCCGAGCAGGGGGACCGGAGUCUGUCAAUCCUGACUCGAUCGCUUGCGCCAUCGGCCUGCCAUUGUAUCAUCUGUCUCCCCCUUCUACCAAACAAACAAACGAGUUCCCCCAUUUUUCCUUUCAACGGCGACACAUUUCCGCCUACUCCGAAUCAUCCAUCGUGUCUGCGCAUUCUGUCAUGGUUCAGUUCGCAUCGCCCUCUCGCAGCCAGAGCCCCUCGGGUGCCUCGUCCGCUGGCGAACCCCGGCGCACCAAAAAGUCCAAGGGCAAGGAUGGCAGCAGCAGCAAGAAGAAGCGCCCUAGCGCCGCCGACGACCAAGAUGGAGAUGACACCAAGGCCAGCGGCAACGGCAUCAGCGUCCGUCAGAACGCCGAGAGACGUUCCAGCAUGAGCAAGCCGGCCCGCGACUUCCGGGACCAGCCCGAACCCACGCCAAAGAAGAAGAAGAGAAAGACAUCGACCUCGUCGGCUGCCGUCCCUGAGCCCGCCAUCGCUCCGACACCGGAAGAGGCUGGCGAGACGUCGACCCGCUCGCCGAGCCCCCUCAUCGACUUUGACGGCCUCUCCCGCCCCAGCCGCGGCACUCGGGAGAGGUUAGAUGAGUCCCACAAGCAGAAGGAGCUGCGCAUGGAGAAGAUGAAGGGCGCCGUCCGCACCCUCCUCGAGUGCAUCGGCGAGGAUCCCGACAGGGAGGGUCUCCUGGCCACGCCCGAGCGCUACGCCAAAGCCAUGCUCUUCUUCACAAAGGGCUACCAGGAAAACGUGCGAGACAUUGUCAACGGCGCCAUUUUCCAGGAAGGCCACAACGAGAUGGUCAUCGUCAAGGACAUUGAGGUGUUCAGCAUGUGCGAGCACCACCUGGUGCCCUUCAACGGCAAGAUGCACAUUGGCUACAUCCCGUCUAACGCCGUCAUUGGCAUCUCGAAGCUGCCGCGCAUCGCCGAGCUGUUUGCCCGCCGACUGCAGAUCCAGGAGCGCCUGACCAAGGAGGUGGCGCACGCCAUCAUGGAGGUGCUUAAACCCCAGGGUGUGGCCGUGGUGAUGGAGUCGAGCCAUCUGUGCAUGGUCAUGAGGGGGGUGGAAAAGACGACGACGAGCACCAUCACCAGCUGUGUCCUGGGGUGCUUUGAAAGGAAGGAGAAGACGAGAAACGAGUUUCUGAGUCUGAUUGGCGUCAACCGCCGGUAA